CGGGGUGCAGCAGCAGUAGCAGCCUGUUGUUUGGUCGGAGCUACGCAGCCAGGGCAGGCAGUCUGAAGGAGCAGCAGCUGUCACAUGCUGCAGUAACCGCUGCGUAGCUGACAGCCAGAGAUGAGCACUGACACACAAUUACCUUAACUAGUGGUACAGGUGCGUGUUUUUAUUGCAGAUUUAGCGAAGCGAGUCCUUUAGCGUUACUCUCGCUCUCUGGUCAAAGUUGCGGGGUGCGCGAGGCAAACUGUUGAGGCUGGAGCACGCGACCGUGGAACCUUGGUGUCCUGGAGACGGCGGUUGCCACCGACAAAGAGACGGACUCUCACUACUAAAAAAACGUCACAGUUUAAAUCGUUCUCCAGAGAGGAGAGGGGACACGCGGAACUCCAGUUUACCGGCGCUGACCAGGGCAGGAAACCAAAAAAAAACGAAGAUCGAGUUAUUAUGGUUACCACCAAGGGAACAAGUCUGAACCCCAACGCCAAAGUGUGGCAGGAGAUCCCAGCCCAACAAAAUGACAUCCCAGAAGUAUCAGAGGAUUCUUCCUGGCUGCACACCAACUCCUCACCUGCUGAGAUGACUGACGGUUUCUCAGACGUUCUCCCGUCGGAGGGUAAAGGAUUCUCUUUGGAGUACCCGACUAGCCCCGAUGAGUACUUCGCAUGUGAGGAUGUGGAACCCGACUUGGGCUAUUUGCCCUAUGAUCCACAGGGCAGUUCUGCCACAGACUCUGAACCGUCAAAGGAAGAAAUGUCUGAAGAGAGCCUACGGGAGUCAUUAAAGAAACGACUGGAGUUCUGCUUUUCUAGGGAGAACCUUUCUAAGGAUCUGUACCUCAUAUCCCAGAUGGACAGUGAUCAGUUUAUCCCCAUCUGGACUGUUGCCUGUAUGGAGGACAUCAAAGCGCUCACCACUGAUAUGGAUCUAAUUCUGGAAGUGUUGAAAGCUUCUCCCUUAGUGCAAGUUGAUGAUGCCGGUGAGAAAGUUCGACCUAACCACAGUCGCUGUAUCAUUAUUUUAAGAGAAGUGCCAGAGACUACACCAGUUGAGGAAGUAGAGGGUCUUUUCAAAAGUGAAAACUGUCCAAAAGUGUUGGGAGUUGAGUUUGCUCACAACAGCAACUGGUACAUAACGUUUCAGUCGGAUAUGGAUGCGCUGCAGGCAUACAGAUACCUACGAGAGGAAGUGAAAAUCUUCAAGGGGAAGCCCAUCAUGGCUCGUAUUAAAGCCAUAAAUACAUUCUUUGGUAAGAAGGGCUUCCAAAGCGUGGAUUCAGGAGUGUACCAGCAGCAAGCCCAGCCUCAGGCCCAGUAUGUGCCUCCGGUGUACAUGCAGCAGGUGUACAGCCCGCAGCAGGAGUACCCCAUCUAUCCCCUGGUGUCUCCUACCUGGAACCCAUCCAUUGUGCCACACUUUGAAACGCCACUGGCACCGUUCCCCAAUGCUGGAUUCAUGAAUGGAUACAACAAUCCUGGGAGCCACAAACCAAACUCCAGCUCCAUCGGCGGCCAUCGUGCUGUUGGCAGGAACAGGAACCAGAUAAAAGGUCAUCACAGACCAGGGGAUCCUAUUCCCAUGAUGAAUGGCGUCUCCGGUCCUGUGGACUUCCAGGCACUGAGGACCCUGUCUGGUAUUGCAUCUCUGUCUGCCUCUUCAUCUUCCUUCAAACCUAAAGAGACGUCUUCCCUGUCCUCCAUGUCCAGUGGAGAUCCGAGCCGAGUCGGACGAGACAGGAGAAAUGGCCACAGAGGCAUGAGGAGGAAAAGAGAAGAUGAACAUUCCAUGAAACCCGUCCCUUUGAUGGAGGCCAAGGCUGCCCCUCCUAACUUUGAUCUGGCAGCUUCCAGUUUUCCCCCUUUGCCUGGUUCUGUGCUCCCAGUUCAGGGAGAGACCGUGUCAGAGGUGCGCCUCUCUGAUGUCGUCCGUGGCCUAAAGCCUCCAAGCAAGGCAGGGAACCAGGACAAGGGCUCGGCCCAAAACACAAAAGACUCUGAGAGUCCUGCUAGCAAACAGGAUUCUACCUCCCUGACUCCUAAACCCACUGCUGUUGAAACACAACCAUCAACGCCACCAGCAUCAAGUGCUUGUCCAACCGUAACAAAUGGAGAGAAAACUGAAGCAGCUGCUGUAGAGGAAAACCUCUCUCCAUCCACUGAGCCUGAUUCUAAAACCAGUCCAGAACAUGCUCCCACCAUGUGUAGUAAAAGUGGUUCUGGUGAAAAAGCCUCACCUCCAGCAUCAGAACAAGAACAGGAGGAGCCUAGGAAGCUGAGCUAUGCAGAGGUGUGCCAGAGGCCAGCCAGAGAUCCACCACCAGCAGAGAUGCCCUCCCCUCCUGCCACUUCACCCAACCACCCUCUGAAAGAGCUCAAGGUCAAUACGGUCAAGGAGCCUCAGCCCAACUCCAAGAAGACGCCCGAGACGGUUGGGGAUAAACCCCCUCGACAACCUCCGCGUACCUUCAGAGGUGCACCGGGUCACGCCAGAGCCAAAGGUUCAGGGAUGAGGAUCUGGGAGCAUCAGAGGGGCCUGAAUGCUGGCAAGCCGUUUUCCCCACAGCGGGGACCCAAACGCAGCGGCAAAGAGCAGAACAUACCCCCGCCUCACCCAAAUAACUCCAGUUAGAGCUUCACAGACCUUUUAUUUAAAAUGUGUAAAUAUGUAAAUGCAGAUGAAUAUAUUUCUUUUGACAGAUUUUGUCAAAGACUUGUGAUGCGACUUUAAAGUCGAUAUUCCUUAAAGGAAAAUGUGUAUUUCAACAGAAUUCAAGGCAAAGGCGAUGCUAUACCCCUUGAAGGUUGAUCAUGGGUUUAUUUUUUACUUUGAUAUUUAAUAUAACAGUAAUUAACUUCUAUCCAGAGAAGCCAUGUAUUGUCACCAGAGAUCAUUUGUCAUGCAUUUUAUUUGUCAUCUGAUCUGGCAAAUUGUGUAUUUUUAUUGCAGGAGUUCCUCUUUUGCAGUCUGGUGCGUUGCAUUUGAGACCAUGGCUCAGAUUUUCCUCUGAGGAAAUUUUAUUCAUGGACUAUAAAAGACAUUAAACGGAGGGAAAAAAAAAAAACAUGGAGGGUUAAUCUUGGAGAACUUACAAAUUUAAUUUCACCAUCAGUGAUCCUGAACAUCGUGGACUGCAACUUUUGUUUUUUUUAAAGUCCAAGUUUAUAGAAGCUUCUAUAGAUGAGGUGUAGGUAAGAUGAAAUGUGUCGGGUAUUUUCCUUCGUUUUUUUUGUGUUAACAUGAUAGCAUAGUUUGUAAAUAUUUGAAAACGGAAGCCACCCUUUAAUUUGUCAAUUUUUAUGCUGUUUCGAAUCAAAGGUUGUUGAAACCUGGAAUGUUUGACCAUGGUGUGCUUACCGAGUCCUGAGCAGGUGAAUAGUCUGGUUGUUAAUCCUUUAAUGCUUGAAGGUAACAAUAUUGACUCGUAGAUUUUUUUUGUUUUGUUUUUAUUGUUUUUCGUGAGAUGUUUGGGGAUAACAUUUUUAUUGAAGUUUUUUUUUUCCUUACGGUACGUUCACAUUGGCGCCACAAAAUCGUCACUUAGCUGUUGCUCGACUGGCAUAUGGCCGGCCGCUCACAUGGCAGGCGACAUUAAUUGCACAGCGGACGACACGCCUGAAAUACAACAGUACAAUGGUGUUAUCUAGUGACGCUUUCACUUCCCUGCCACUUCAGUCUCCUCGCUCACUUUUUUUGCCCAGGCUUGUUUUUCUUUCUGGACUCGUCUCGGUAGUAAUAAUUGGUUGAGUCUUACAACUCAGGCCGACCGCCACUAUCAGUUUUUCUUCCAUGUUGAAUGGAAACUGCUUUGUCUCCGCUGCAGUCCUUCACCCCACGCCACAACCACAUCUAGUUCCUGAUUGGUUGUCACAGUGACACACAAGACACAAACAUUCAGAUUUUUCAACUCCAACAACUGUCCCUUCGUAUCCAUCACAGGUGUCGUGUCUCUCUGGCUUCGCUUUACUCGCCAAAAUUGUGCGUUUUGCGUCGCUAGAAUUGCCUGUGUGGCCUCACGUAGCUCAGUUGACACGUUCGCGCUUAAUGUGAACGCACCUAUAAUUUUUCUUUUUUUUUUUUUCUUUUUUUUUUUUCAUUUGUGAUGUAAAUAUUUGUUCAGUGUUGCUAACAUUUGGAAUUUGGCCUCUGGCAGAGCUGUUGUUAUGCUUCAGUAAUUGUAAAGCAUCCAUUUCUGAGUUUGAUAUCAGUUAAUUCAUGCAUUUAUUUACAAAAGCUCCAAGGUGACAGAACACAUGGAAAAAUAUGAAAUGUAAGCACUUGUUUGUAGAGGCAAAUGAUCCAGUUCCAUAUCUGACCAGGUAAUUAUUUUGAAUGUACUUUUUGUUUUGUUUUUGUUACUUCUGACUUUUGUGUUAAUAUGUAAUUAUUUUUGACAUUUUAAUUUUUUACAUUUGAAUGAUCAGUGGUCAGCCACUCUGGCCUAAAAUGUAGCAAGAAACUACAUUUGUUCCGUUGUCCAAAGGUUUUCAAAAACUCCUUUUCUCUCUGCCUGAUCUUUAGUGAACUUGAUUUUUUUUCCUGAAUACAGAUGGUUCAAAAAACAUAUUUAUACAAAGUUUAGAGUUGAUUUUCCUAUUUGAUAAUAAUCAUAUGGAGUUAUUUGCCAAAAGGGAAAAAAAAAUAUGAUCACUAAGGCUUAUUCGGUACAUAAAAAAAAUGAUCAGAUGCUCUUGCUGGGUUUUCUUUUUUAAGCUGUGGUUUCGGCAUACAUGUAUGAGAAAUGGAUAGUUUGGUACAUUCAUGUCAGACCAGCUUUUAUUAAUGAUUGUGGGUUCAUAAUUGUUCUAUUUUUGCACUAUUUGAUGUUUAUCAAAGGGACCUUAAGGAAAAAUUGGGUUUUCAACUCAAAUGUUUUCUCUACUCAAUUUUUAAAGUUGCUUUCUCUGAACCGAUUAGUGUCUUUGAGCUAUUGAUGCAAAUGGUUUGCAUCUGCAUGAUGAAACGAGACAGGUUGUGAACGCCGUCUGUGAGUGUGCAACUGCUGGUGGGCUUUGGUUUUUCUUUGUAGCACUGUUUUCUAGUCUUUUAGGAUAUGUUUUGUGGUCGGGGUUGACAUUGCUGUUGAAUCUGUGAUGUGUAAGCAGUUUUAUUUUUGUAUCACUUGAUUCAGCAUUUGUAAAUAGUGUUCCCAGAUCCAUUUACAGCAAAUGUCUCAGCAGUGAACGCAACAUGCCUGUGGAGGUGGUCAAUGAAAUGCACUUCAUCCGAUCUUGUCUUGUAAUGCUGAAAAAGACGUGGGGAAAAUGCUUCAUUUUGAAAUGUAAUCGUUAAAAAUUUGGAAAAUGGGUUAAAGUUGAUGAAACGUAAAUUUGUAGCUCUUUCGGUUGUGGAUUUGUGAAAGCAUGUUUCCGAAACGUUGUGCCUUUACCACUUCUAUAUCUCAGCAGAGUCCUAAACAAAUCACAUCUAGCAAGACUGCCUGGUUCCUUUUCAAAUAAUGUGAAUUAAUUUGUAUUUAUCAGUGUAUUCAUUCCAGCUCAUUGGAGGCAUAUUCUGGUCAGUUGAGCAGAUACAUAAAUCCUGUUGAUCCAUUAUGUUAAUCAUCAUAUUGUCGUUUUGCUAGUCGCAUUUCAAACAUUAAAGUUCCCUUAACUAAAAAAAAAACAUUUUUUUUCAAUCAAUUAUACACUGGUUUAUCAAGUAAAUAUUGUGAAAAAAUUAAAAUAUUUUCAAUAAGA